UAUCACUUUUAACCUGUUUUAACUUUAAACACACACACCCCCAACUCAACUCAACCCACCACACGCCGCCGCCAAACCAUCGACAAUGCAAACAUCCUUAUUCUCCUCAACCACCACCAUUCUCCCGACCACCAUUGUCGGACCCACCACCACCCGAAAACCCUACACACUCUCAGUCCGAGCCUCCUCAUCCACAACCGAACCAGCCCCACCACCACCAGUUGUACAAUCUACAACAAAACUCAACAAGUACAGUUCAAGAAUCACUGAACCCAAGUCACAGGGUGCGUCACAGGCUGUUCUGUACGGCGUGGGGCUGUCAGAUGAGGAUCUUAAGAAGCCCCAAAUCGGUAUUUCGUCUGUUUGGUAUGAAGGGAACACGUGUAACAUGCAUUUGUUGAGUCUUGCUGAGGCUGUGAAACAAGGGGUUGAAGAAGCUGGGAUGAUUGGGUUCAGGUUUAAUACUAUUGGGGUUAGUGAUGCGAUUUCUAUGGGGACUAGAGGGAUGUGUUAUAGUCUUCAGUCUAGAGAUUUGAUUGCUGAUAGUAUUGAAACUGUUAUGUCUGCUCAGUGGUAUGAUGCCAAUAUUUCUAUCCCUGGUUGUGACAAGAAUAUGCCAGGUACCAUUAUGGCAAUGGGGCGAUUGAACCGCCCGAGUAUAAUGAUCUAUGGUGGGACUAUUAAGCCCGGUCAUUUUCAAGGCCACACGUUUGACAUAGUAUCUGCAUUCCAGGUUUAUGGAGAAUAUGUAAGUGGUUCCAUAAACGAUGAACAAAGAACGAAUGUACUAAAGAAUUCAUGCCCGGGAGCAGGCGCUUGUGGCGGAAUGUAUACCGCAAAUACGAUGGCUUCCGCCAUUGAAGCAAUGGGAAUGUCUCUUCCGUACAGCUCAUCGACACCGGCUGAAGAUCCGUUGAAGUUGGACGAGUGCCGAUUAGCUGGAAAAUACAUUCUUGAUUUAUUAAAAAUGGACUUGAAACCAAAAGACAUAAUUACCCCUAAAUCUUUGCGUAAUGCAAUGGUUACUGUUAUGGCUCUAGGUGGGUCCACCAAUGCUGUUUUACACUUGAUCGCCAUAGCAAGGUCAGUUGGUUUGAACUUGACUCUAGAUGAUUUCCAAAAGGUUAGUGACGAAGUACCGUUUCUUGCCGAUCUUAAGCCUAGUGGAAAGUACGUCAUGGAAGAUGUACACAAGAUUGGAGGAACACCUGCGGUUCUUCGUUAUCUUUUGGAGCUCGGAUAUUUAGAUGGAGAUUGUAUUACAGUCACAGGGAAGACAUUGGCAGAAAACGCAAAGCUUUUCCCUUCAUUAUCAGAGGGGCAGCAAAUAAUAAGACCACCGACAAACCCCAUAAAGGAAACGGGUCACAUUCAAAUAUUAUAUGGCAAUCUUGCUCCCGAUGGUUCUGUUGCAAAGAUCACAGGAAAAGAAGGGUUAUAUUUUUCCGGUCCUGCACUCGUGUUUGAGGGGGAGGAGUCCAUGAUCGCAGCAAUCUCCGAAGACCCCAUGAGUUUUAAGGGGAAGGUAGUUGUUAUUAGAGGAGAAGGUCCUAAAGGGGGCCCCGGUAUGCCUGAAAUGCUCACACCGACAAGUGCGAUAAUGGGCGCUGGUCUAGGCAAGGAAGUUGCGUUGUUAACUGACGGGAGAUUUUCAGGCGGUUCACAUGGAUAUGUUGUUGGACACAUUUGCCCUGAAGCACAGGAAGGUGGUCCGAUCGGUCUAGUCCAAAACGGGGAUAUAAUCACAAUAGACAUCACCAAGAAACGAAUGGAUGUGCACCUAACCGACAAAGAGCUAGAUGAGCGGCGAAAGGCGUGGACCCCACCUCCGUCCAAGGCUGAAAGAGGUGUUCUUUACAAGUACAUCAAAAAUGUUCAAUCGGCAUCAAGAGGAUGUGUAACCGACGAGUUGUAGAAUCAAGACGGAUCAAGGAAGAUAUAGAGGAUUAUUGAAAUUCUGCUCUAUUGAUUGAGUUUUUCGCCGGGGUUAUUAGAAGAAUGAUUAUAUUUGUGUUACUCGAUACCAAAAUUUUCAAUGAUUGUGCCUCCAUUGUGUAACGGUCAAUAAUUGUAAUUCCAUUUUGAAUUGUAAGCAGUGGCGGACCUAGGAAUUAUUUUCUGGGGGUGCGAACGAAGGGUUCAACCAAA